UGUAGCGCAGCUCUCCGUUUUCAGCCGUCUGUCACUUUUUUUUUUUACCGGUGGGGGAUUAUAUGUUUGACAUCACCGCGGAAUGAGACAAAGAACGGAUUUAUAUUUUUUUGCACACUUAACACUUGACGAACGUGUCGCGUAAAUGCGACCGAGAGGAACUACCUUUUCGGGGGGAACAUUUAUGCUUCGGGACGGUUUUGUCGGAGUAGCUAGUCGCUAGCUGCUGGGCUAAGCUGGCUACUUCGAAGCGAGGAUGCUUCGGUGGAUACGACAACAGCUGGGCUUUGACCCUCCCCAUCAGAGUGACACCAGGACGGUUUAUGUAGCAAAUCGUUUUCCCGAGCAUGGCCACUACGUACCACAACGCUUUGCUGACAACAGAAUCAUCUCCUCCAAGUACACCGUUUGGAACUUUGUCCCUAAGAAUUUGUUCGAGCAGUUCAGAAGGAUAGCCAACUUCUAUUUCCUCAUCAUCUUCCUCGUUCAGUUAAUGAUAGACACCCCGACUUCCCCUGUCACCAGCGGUUUGCCUCUCUUCUUUGUGAUUACAGUAACUGCCAUAAAACAGGGCUAUGAGGAUUGGCUGAGACACAAAGCGGACAACGAGGUGAAUGGGGCUCCCGUGUUUGUGGUCCGCAGUGGAAGUCUGGUCCAGACAAGAUCCAAGAACAUCAGGGUCGGAGACAUUGUUCGUGUGGCUAAAGAUGAGACGUUCCCCGCUGACCUGGCGCUGCUGUCCUCUGAUCGUGCAGAAGGCACCUGUCACAUCACCACAGCCAGCCUUGAUGGAGAGACCAACCUCAAGACUCACUUCUCUGUGGCGGAGACAUCAGUGUGUCAGUCAGUGUCUCAACUGGAGGCUCUGCAGGCGGUGGUGGAGUGUCAACAACCUGAGGCUGACCUGUACAGGUUUGUUGGUCGGAUCACGGUGACUCAACUUGGAGAGGAGAUAGUCAGACCUCUGGGUCCAGAGAAUUUGCUGCUUCGUGGAGCCAGAUUGAAAAAUACCAAAGAGAUUUUUGGAGUGGCGAUUUACACAGGGAUGGAGUCCAAGAUGGCCCUCAACUACAAGUGCAAGUCCCAGAAACGCUCUGCAGUAGAGAAGUCCAUGAAUACCUUCCUGAUCAUCUACCUGUGCAUCUUGCUGUUCGAGGCCGUCCUCAGCACCAUCUUGAAGUACGCCUGGCAGGCUGAGGAGAAAUGGGACGAACCGUUUUACAAUCAGAAGACUGAGCAGGAGAAAAACAGCAGCCCGAUCUUGAAGUUCAUCUCAGACUUCUUGGCGUUUCUGGUCCUCUAUAACUUCAUCAUUCCCAUCUCGCUCUACGUAACUGUGGAGAUGCAGAAGUUCCUGGGCUCCUUUUUUAUUGGCUGGGAUUUGGACCUUUACCACGAGGAGAGCGACCAGAAAGCUCAGGUCAACACGUCUGACCUCAAUGAGGAGCUGGGACAGGUGGAAUAUGUGUUCACAGAUAAGACGGGUACAUUAACAGAAAACGAGAUGCAGUUCCGGGAGUGUUCCAUCAACGGGACAAAGUACAGAGAAGUUAACGGCAAACUGGUGCCAGAGGGAAUGACUGAAGAAUCGCCAGAUGGUUCAACACCUCAACUGAUGGGCGAGGAAUUGUUAUUCCUGAAAGCUGUGUCACUGUGUCACACGGUUCAGAUCAGCUACGAUCAGCCAGACUGUCUGGUUGGGGGAGGAGAUCCAUUCUCCCAAGUGAACGGUUUCUCUUCUAGUCACAUGGAGUACUACGCCUCUUCUCCAGACGAGAAGGCUUUGGUUGAGGCAACAAAGAGGAUCGGAGUGGCCUUCACUUGUAGCAACGGAGAAACCGUUGAGAUCAAAACCUUUGGCAAGUCAGAGAAAUAUAAACUGCUACAUGUUUUAGAGUUUGAUGCUAACCGCAGGAGGAUGAGCGUCAUACUGCAAACUCCUUCAGGAGGCCAAGUACUGUUCACCAAGGGAGCAGAAUCAGCCAUCUUGCCUUUCACCACCAGUGGUGAGAUAGAGAAGACCAGACUGCACGUCGAUGAGUUUGCCUUGAAAGGUUUGCGGACUUUGGUGGUAGCAUGUCGCCACUUCAGACCGGAGGAGUACAUCGAUGUGGACAGGCGUCUGAACGCCGCCCGCACUGCGCUGCAGCAGAGGGAGGAGAGACUGCAGGAGGCCUUCAGCUACAUCGAGAAAGACUUGCAUCUGCUGGGAGCAACGGGGGUGGAGGACAAACUCCAAGACAAGGUCCAGGAGACCAUUGAAGCUCUGCGGCUGGCAGGGAUCAAAGUAUGGGUGCUGACAGGGGACAAAUCCGAGACUGCAGUCAGCGUCAGCCUGUCGUGUGGCCACUUCCACAGAACCAUGAACAUCCUGGAGCUUCUGCAGCAGCGCUCUGAUAACGAGUGUGCCGAGCAGCUCCGCAGACUAGCCAGAAGGAUAAAGGAGGACAACGUAAUACAGCACGGGUUAGUGGUGGACGGGGCCAGUCUCUCCUUAGCGCUGAGGGAGCACGAGAAACUUUUUAUGGAAGUUUGUAAAAACUGUUCAGCUGUGUUGUGCUGCCGCAUGGCCCCGCUGCAGAAAGCUAAGGUGGUUCGUCUUUUAAAAACAUCUCCAGAGAAACCCAUCACUUUAGCGAUUGGCGAUGGAGCCAAUGAUGUCAGUAUGAUACAGGAAGCUCAUGUUGGCAUAGGUAUCAUGGGAAAGGAGGGUCGUCAGGCCGUGAGAAACAGUGACUAUGCAAUUGCCAGGUUUAAGUUUCUGGCUAAACUACUGCUGGUCCACGGUCACUUCUACUACAUUCGAAUAGCAACACUUGUACAGUACUUUUUCUACAAGAAUGUGUGUUUUAUCACGCCCCAGUUUUUAUACCAGUUCUUCUGUUUGUUUUCACAACAAACUCUGUAUGACAGUGUUUAUCUGACACUCUACAACAUCUGCUUCACAUCGCUGCCCAUCCUGGUGUACAGUCUGUUUGAGCAGCUGGUCCAUCCACACAUUCUGCAGAGUAAACCAGCCCUGUACAGGGACAUCAGCAAGAACUCUCUGCUGUCUUUCCGGACGUUCCUGUACUGGACUCUGCUGGGCUUCUGUCACGCCUUUGUCUUCUUCUUCGGAUCCUACAUACUGAUGGGAGAGGACACCACACUCAUGGGGAAUGGACAGAUGUUUGGAAACUGGACAUUUGGAACGCUGGUGUUUACCGUCAUGGUCAUCACAGUCACGUUAAAGCUUGCUUUAGAAACUCAUUUCUGGACGUGGAUGAACCAUUUUGUGACCUGGGGUUCAAUCGCCUUCUACUUCAUCUUCUCCCUCUUCUAUGGAGGCAUUAUUUGGCCGUUCCUUCACACCCAGGACAUGUACUUUGUGUUUGUGCAACUGCUGUCCAGCGGUUCGGCCUGGUUCGCCAUCAUCAUCAUCAUCAUAACUUGCCUGUUUCCUGAUGUGGUGAAGAAGGUCUUCUACAGACAUCUGCAGCCCACCAGCACACAGAAGAGUCAGUCUCUAUCAAUCCCCCAGGAGCAGGCCCUCAGCUGUAUGGAGUCCCUGUGCUGCUACCAACAUGGGCAGAGCGGCUGUUCCCGCCUGGCCCGCCUCAUGGAGCAAAUGACCGGGCAAUGCCGGGCCGGCGCCAACCAAUGCACCGCAUCGAGCCGCAGCAACAGGUCUUGGAGCGACACGGAGAACUUCUACUCCAAUGAUCGCAGCAUCCUGACCCUGUCGCCCAUCGAGUCCACCCACUGCUGACUCCCCUGGGGGGAGGGAGGGGGGGGGCCUCUAGAAACACAGUGAGGGGGGAGUAGAGCGACAUAAUCACACCACCACACCCCCUGGCACCAUAUUAUGCACCUACUUUAGUUUAAAGUCAACGUAGCCUCAGCACAGAUGGGACCUCUUGGGAGUAUAUGAAACCAAAGGACGAGGAGGACACUGACGAUUGGACCUGCAUUCAAAAAGGAAAUAAAGCAUGAAGUGAGGAGACGGUGGAUGUGGAAGAUCCAGUCAUCAUCUGUGCAGCAACAAUUCUCAGAUUCCUGCUGCUUACAGGGCGUCUGCGAGUCCUGCGACCGUAUCUGAAAACACCAUAUUCAAAUUCAGCUGCUGCUUUAAAUUAAAGAAGAGAUUAAUUACAGGAAUUAUCAGGCAGAUAUUUAUUUUCAUUUUCAGCACGGUUACCACCUUCUCAUUCUUGCAGCUGAAAUAAUCGUGAUUCCUGUGAGUUGUGUAGAAACAGGGUGGAGGUUCCUGACAAUCUGGAUCCUCCGUGAAGCAAUGCAUCCUUAGCAUCGUAAGCUAACUGAGCUGGUUUGGACUUUCUGACACAGGACUGUGUUUUAAAACUCCAGCUGUAGCACCAGUGAAAGGCUCCACAAAGUAAGACCACAGUCCUACAUCUCAGACAUGUUGGAGAGCAGCUAAAGCCUUAGCCUGGAUGAACCUUCAGUUGUGAAAGGGGAAUGUCCCGUAGCUUUUUGGAGCCAUGCAGGAUUCUGUAAACGUCCAGACCAGUUACCUUUGGAGCUACAUGACUCCCUCAGAACUGUCGUAAAGGAGACUCAUCUCAACAGUGGAACCAAAGACCCGAGAACUCAGACUGGAGUGUAAAAGAUGUUUAUUUUUGUGCCUGAUUGUACAGAAGCUUAUAUUGUUAAGAAGACGUUUUGUUAUUGUGCGUGCUGCUCUCAGGCCUCUCUCUCUCUGUCUCUCUCUCUCUCUCUCUCU